GGGAUCGCACUGGGCCAGCAGAAAGCCGACUGCGAUGUGAAUCUACUAUGAAAGUAAACCAAAAUAUAAACACGUUCACACUCCUCGUAAUCAGCUUCUCAGUGUGUGAAAGAUGCGAGGGCUUCGGGGUGGACAGAACACCAGUAUCACAGCUCUCAAUAGACGCAGAUCCAAUAGUCGCGGAAGACAAAGUCGACGACAAGGAUAUAUAUAUAUAUAGCAAACAGUGGUGUCUCAACCAAUAUCUUCU